CGAAGUCAAGUGACUCGAGGAGAUCGCACACAAUCGGUCUUUCCGACGUUUUGUUUAUACAGUAAGGAUAUUUUUUAUACUUUAAGCCUUUAUACGCUUGUAGUCAGGUAGAAGGUAGUCUAACGUUUUGCUUAUAUGUAUAAUCGUUUUAGUAUAUUUACUUAAAAUUAAGUUUUACGCGUAGUUUCAGUUUCACUGGCAGUCAGUCUGGCAUUGAAUGAGGACAACCGUCGGGAGAUUACGGAAGUGUGGGCAUGGCGCGUGUGACUUUGAGGGUUUUAUUAAUUUAUUAAUUUUAAUAACUCGAUUAUAUCCACAUUUGGACACAUUAGUAGACCCGCUGAAUGAAAAAGAAACAUUUUGAAGAUGGCUGAUGGGCCAUGUAGCGCUGAGAUCCAACGGCGACGCGUGGAGCUGGUGGAGAACUGCAGCAAACAUCUGACGCGUCUGCUCGACGUGCUGUUUAACGUGGGCGCGAUCACAGAAGAAGACGUCAGCCUGGUUGAAGGUUCGAGUCAGGGGGGUGAAAGAGAGUGUUUGAGGGCUCUUCUGGAUGUCCUAAACGGGAGAGGAGAAGAAUCAUGUAGGGCGUUCCUAUACAUCCUACCAAGUGUUCAGGAAGACACUGACUUUCCUGCAAAACCUGGACAGGCAGACCAUAUUAAAAAGCAUAAGGAUAUUCUGGCCCGGCAGAACUGCCUGGUGGAUUACCUGACCAACAGAGGUCAGGGUUCAAAUCAGGCUGGGUCGUUGACUGAUAUAACUUUCUCAAGACAGGCCGGUUUCGCCGUGCCCUUUCAAUACAGACACGAGGCAGCCGGGGUGGGAGAUGCUUUCAGGUCACGUGGUGGGGAUGAGAUGUGUGUUUUCAGGGAUUUGUACGACAACCUGCUGUCCGCCUUGACGAGCGGUGUGAACAUGCUGUCGGGGGUCGCCGGUAGUGGGAAAACCACUGUGGUGAGGCGGCUGGUCCGAGAAUGGGCAUCGGAGCCAAUCUCCAGCAAGAUUAUGUUAUCCCUGUCCUUUCGGGAAUUAAACCUUAUUACUCAAGAGCAGAGCUUCCUGGAACUUCUCUCGGACCACUACAGCCAUUUGAAACCCAUUCUGCAUGGUUUGCUGACCUCAAACCCGGCACAGUUGAUACUCAUCUUGGAUGGCCUGGAUGAAUUCUGUCACCCUCUUAAUUUCGAAAACACCCCCAAGUGCUCGGACCCCGAGCGGGUGCAGACCAUACAAGCCAUUGUGGUGAAUUUGAUCAAGGGCAAUCUGCUUCCAGGGGUGUCCAUUUUCAUCACCUCCAGGCCUCAUGCCGUCUCCAAAGUGCCUCCGGUCUUGGUCAGUCAGUUUUACAGCCUGUUGGGUUUCUCAGUGGCUCAGCAGAAGCAAUACUUUGAGCAGAACUGCAGUUCUCUGGAGGCCGCUGCUUCGGUUUGGGCAUCCGUGUCGAAUCAUAAGCCCCUCUUACUUAUGUGCCACAUUCCUGCAUUUUGCUGGAUUGUGUCCACUGCGUUAAAUGAUGGCAGCUCCUGCCUUUAUAGUGACACUGUGGUGGUGACCGAUGACAAGGUCAAUGAAACAAACUCUGAUCAAUUAUCAAACAACUCAAAACCGGUGACGGUCACCGAGAUAUAUUGCUGCUUUGUUAAAUCCAUCUUGCUCUUCCACGUGCAGGGCCGUACAGAAGCCUCCCAUCUCACCAGGCUCCAGCACGCCCCUGGCGUCCUAAGUGAAACGCAGCCUGUGCUCAGAAGCUUGGGAGCUAUGGCCUUCAAAAGUCUGCUUGAAAGACGCUUUAUCUUCAACAGCUCGGAUUUGAGCUCUUUCAAUUUGGCUAGCACCAACCUCUCGCAGGCGUUCCUCAUAGAGACCUUCAAAGAAGAUCGGGCCUCGCUUACUUUCGAAAAGGCCUUCCAUUUUGUCCACACCAGUGUGCAGGAGUUUAUGGCUGCCCUCUACUAUGUUUACCAGUCACUCUCGGGUUCAGAUCCCUUUGCAGGGCUCAAACCAGACACCAGCUAUCUUAGAUCAGUGUGUAAGCAGGUGGCAUCAGCAGCUACUAAACUCAGCAGACCCCAUCGUCUUUUCCACAGACAUAUUAAGAAGGGGCUUCGCUGUGGUGAACGAACUCAGUCUGGACAUAUGGAUCUUUUCAGCAGGUUUGUAUGUGGCCUGUUGGUUCCUACAACACGCUCAAUCCUAAAUGGAUUUUUCCCUGACGGGCCCCGGACGCACCUGCUCCGCUGUCAACCCUCUCUAGACCGGACUCCUGUUUUUUUGCUCCAUCUGUUAUACUCCCAGCUCCGGAAAAGCACCCUCAGUCCGGAAAGGCAGGUGAACGCUUGUCACUGCCUAUAUGAGGCCCAAGACCCCGGCUUAUCGCAGCGGCUGCAGGGCUGGAUGAAAGUCCUUUCACAGCAGGCCUCAGAUCAGUCGGGUGCAAUGAACAAGGAUUGGAGUGAGCUGGCUUUCCUGUUACAGCUGUGCCCAGAACUGCAGGUUUUAAAUUUGGACGCUCAGGGUCUCAAUGCAGAGGGCCUGCGCAUGCUGCUACCGGUUCUUCCUCUCUUCACAACAGUCAGCUUGGGUCAGAAUCCGUUGGGCCCAGAAGGGGCAGCUGUCUUAUCCCUCGCUUUGCAAAACCCAGACUGUUGCAUUCAGCGGCUGUGGGUGGUUGCAACUGGACUCGGCUGUGAGGGCCUGAAGAUCCUUGUAGAGGCGCUGAAAGAAAAUCGUACUGUGACAGAUCUCAGAAUGGCCAUUAAUAAAAUUGGAGAUGAUGGUGCCGGUCAUCUCGCAGAACUGCUGAAAACAAAUAGCACAUUGACAGAUAUCAGACUUCGUGACAACCUGGUAACAGACAAAGGUGCAGAACUGCUAGUAGAAGCCCUCAGUGAGAACACUACAUUACAGUACCUGUGGUUGUUCGACAACAAGUUUUCCAAAGAUGGAGUAAAGAAGCUACAAGAAUUUGCAAAAAUGAGACCCAAUCUUGACAUUAAAGUCUGUGUCUGAUACACAACCAAUCAGGAAUAUCAUGGAUCAUGCUGUCCUUGAAACAUGCCACUCUUUUAAAAUGGCAAAUGCACUGAUUAACUGAUCCAAUGAACUACUUUAUAUUACUGCCAUCUACUGGACUGUAAUGGACUUUUAUUCAGUAAGUGUAUUUAAAACUGUCUGUGAUCAUUCAGACGGUGCUGCUUUCUGCACUUUAUACAAUUUAGACUUUUUUUGUACUACUUUUCCUGUAAAUGAGAUGGGAUUGCAUUAAUUUAUUUUAUAGAAGAUGAAAGCAAGUGCUUUAGCAAAUCUAUUACUUGCAUAGCUCUUCUUCUGUAGUACCAAUAAUAGUUGCACCGUCAAUCUCUGCCAUGGUUUAUUACCCAUUUUUGUGGGUUAUUUUACAUGCAGAGACCAGGUCUCCCCUUUGCAUCUAUUCUGCUUCUUAAAGAGAAGUAAAAAUGUAUGUGUAAAAUACACAAAAGCAGGGUUUCACAUUUUAUACUUUGCAUGGUCAACGUUUUCUUAAAGCUUACUGCUUCUAAGUUAGUAUAUUAAGUAUGUGAUUUACAUCAUGGUAAAUAGAUAAGUAGAUAUUGUUUAAUUUUUCCUUAAAUGUUUUUAAAAUAGUUUCCCUUCAUUUUAUUUUUGUAGCUUUAGAAUUAUUUAUGUAUCUGGGAGAUUUUUUUUUUAUCCAAACCAAUUACAAUGCAUUUAAGUUUCACAGUUUAUCACUAUGCGUGUUCCCUGGGAAUUUAACCCAUGAUCUUUAACUCUGCUAAUGCAUUGAGCUACAGUUGAGCCAAUUGUAAAAUAACAGUGUCAAAGGGUACUGUAUACUCUUAAAAAUAAAGGUUACUGAAAGUUUGUUUUUAUAAAGAACAUCCACACAACCUUUCUGUUACAGGUUCUAUUAUUGUUUAAUGAUAUGCAAAGUACAAGCAUUGUGAUGUCAUUUAAACAAGUGGUACAAGUUCAGGAAAAGUGUUUUAUGGAUUUUCUAGAUUCCAGGGUGCUAUGGAAAUGGAGUCUGUAAGUCAUCUCUCCUAAUUUUACUGUUGUAAGCAUAUUCUCUUGUGUACAAAUGGGCUUCAAUAUGUGUUUAUACUUAUGUCUGUUACCUUUACAUUUUAACUAGAAAUCCUAAAAAACGCACAGAUUUAUUAUGUAAGCCUAUUUUGUGAAUAAAGUAUAAAAAAAAAGUGUAAUAAAAAACAUUACUGUACAAAAGAAGAGCUUCAGUG